CUGCUAACGGAAGGCAGACAGGAGGAGGGCUGAGAACCACUGAGGGAUAACCAGGUGGUAUGAUGCAGGCAACUCCACCAGCAAUAAACGUUACAACCGGCUAUAAAGAUCAAAUGACACUUGGGUUGGUUAACGAAAGCUAUACAAGGGGAAAGUGUUGGAAUACUGAGCAUGGAAAUUUACUGUGCUGAGCUCAGCUGAUGGAAAAACAAGUUUCAAUCAGAAAAGCGGUUUACUUCUAUCAACCCUUCUGCCUACCAAAUGGAAAAAGGGCCUGUAUAUAGAGAGAGAGGGUGGCAGAAAGAAUAACAAAAUCUCGCUGAACUACUGGCUUCAGAGAAAGAAAACUGGCAUUCAGAUUCACCUCUGGAAAGUGUGGCUCUCCAGUUUGAAGGUUGUUUGAGGAAUUUGGGGGCUGAAGGUCGUGGUUGGAAGCUAGCAGGAUCUGAAGCAAUUCUAGGUUCCCACAUUAAAUGCUGAAAUCUGCUAGCUUGAUUCUACUGUGAAGCAACACCUGAAGUAAGUGAGAACACAGAGACCUAGGGGAAAGGCUAAUUACAACCCCAGCUAGCCUAUUAUUUCAGCAAUAUAUUGUAGACUUCAGAGAGAGAAAAGCAAGAGGGGUUGAAGAACUUAGCAGAGUGGAUCUUUUAAUAGCCUCAAGAAAAAUAAACUGUGUUUUGAUAGGAAGAACUAUUUUUUCAUUGUUUUUUCUGCAUUCCAAAUUUCAAAGCUCUUUGGAAAGUCUCCCUCCUCCCCUCCCCACAUCUAUUUUGAAAUAUAUCAUUUUGCUCAGACGUCUAUUUUCACCGUUUCUACGUAUCUGGAGGUCUCUUGUUUUGAAACUAUGGGCUCAGAACGAGCAACCCCCCAGGUAUCUGUGGGUAAUAAUGACUUGCUUUAUUUCAAGAUACAUUUAUGAUCUGGAAGUUCUUUGCCUUGCUCAGUUUUUCAAGUGGUAAAGAAAGAUCGGAGCCCAACGAUGGCAGAGAAGUGCGACUGUAUUGCCAGCAUGUAUGGCUAUGAUCUGGGUUGCCGCUUUGUUGAUUUCAGGCCCCUGGGCGUUGGUGCAAAUGGACUGGUUCUGUCUGCGGUUGACAGCAAAAGCUGCCGCAAAGUGGCUGUGAAGAAGAUCACCAUCAGCGAUGCGCGGAGCAUGAAGCAUGCCUUCCGAGAGAUCAAGAUCAUCCGCCGGCUGGACCACGACAACGUUGUGAAAGUGUAUGAGGUGUUGGGGCCUAAGGGAGCCGAUCUGCAAGGGGAGUUUUUCAAGUUUAACACGGUGUACAUAGUCCAGGAGUACAUGGAGACUGACUUGGCUCGACUGCUGGAGCAAGGAACGUUGACUGAGGAACAUGCCAAACUCUUCAUGUACCAGUUGCUGAGAGGGCUGAAGUACAUCCACUCAGCUAAUAUACUGCACAGAGACCUCAAGCCUGCCAACAUUUUCAUCAGCACAGAGGACCUGGUGUUGAAGAUUGGUGACUUUGGGCUGGCAAGGAUUGUAGAUCAACAUUACUCUCAUAAGGGUUAUCUUUCUGAAGGCCUAGUAACAAAAUGGUAUCGAUCUCCACGCCUGCUCCUCUCACCUAACGCCUACACCAAAGCCAUUGACAUGUGGGCAGCAGGGUGCAUCCUGGCGGAAAUGCUCACGGGAAGGAUGUUGUUUGCUGGGAAUCAUGAGCUGGAACAGAUGCAGCUCAUUCUGGAGACGAUCCCCGUUGUCCAUGAAGAGGACAAAGAGGAGCUGCUCAAAGUGAUGCCAACUUUCAUCAACAGCACCUGGGAAGUGAAGAAACCUUUACGCAAGCUGCUCUCGGAAGUGAACGGCGAAGCUAUUGAUUUUCUGGAGAAGAUCCUGACAUUUAACCCCAGGGAUCGAUUGACUGCAGAGAUGGGUUUGCAGCAUCCUUACAUGAGCCCAUACUCCUGCCCUGAAGAUGAACCAAUUUCCCAGCAUCCAUUUCGGAUUGAGGAUGAGAUUGAUGAUAUUUUACUGAUGGAAGCCAACCAGAGCCAGAUGUCCAACUGGGACAGGUAUCAAGUAAGUCUCUCUUCUGAUUUGGAGUGGCGACAUGACAAAUACCAUGAUAUAGAUGAGGUACAACGGGACCCACGCGCAGGAUCCGACUCCAUUGCUGAAGAAGCACAAGUUGAUCCACGCAAAUAUUCUCAAAGCAGCUCAGAGAGAUUCUUGGAGCAAUCGCAUUCCUCAAUGGAUCGAAUGUUUGAUGUUGAUUAUGGGAAAUCAUGUGAUUACAAAGUGGGGUCACCUUCCUACUUGGACAAACUGCUCUGGAGAGACAAUAAACCCCAUCAUUACUCAGAGCCCAAACUUAUCUUAGACUUGUCGCACUGGAAAACAGCAACUCUAGCACCCACUGCAGAGUUAUCACUGGAAGAAGAACCAUCCAACCUCUUUCUAGAGAUAGCUCAAUGGGUAAAGAGCACACAGUCGGGGCUUGAAUGCCCUAGUCCUCUUCCAGAGCUUCAAGAACAGCGUCUGCUCUCUUCUCCUCACCAUCAUCGUAAAGAAUCCAAGGAUGUAAACAGUGAAACAGACCCUCAGUUUGACUUGGAUGUCUUCAUCUCCAGGGCGCUGAAACUUUGCACGAAACCCGAGGAUCUCCCAGACAAUAAGCUCAAUGAUAUCAAUGGGGCUUGUAUUUCAGAACACCCUAAUGAGAUUGUACAAACAGAGGUGUUUCAGAAAGAGAGGUGGUAAAGAAACAAUGUCUGAUAUUCACUGCUAAUCUCUUUGUAAGUCUUUGAUAAUGCAUCAAUUACCCUACGGUGAACAGUAAUUAAGGUUUGAUCUGUCAUUGAACAUGUCAGUUUCUUACGGUAUAAUGAAUGCCUUUUUAUUAAAAGGUGAGCACAAACCAGGAACCCCUUUUGAUGCCUUAGAAAUACACUUAAAGGAAUCAAGAGGUGUGAAUGAAAUAUUGAGUUUCUUAUGCUGCCUUAACAAUCUUGCCUUGUAACUUCUGGGACCUAUUUGGUACUUCAAUGUACAAUGGAGAGAUGACUGUACAAGUUUACAAACAGAAGUUGAAUCAACUUCCUUUUUUAUAUAUAAUAUCUUAAAGGAAUAAGGAUGAAGGGGAGUCCCUUCAUUAUGGUCAGACACUCCCCUGGUUUGACAGGUUCAAAACACGUUGAACCAGAGAGCUUCUUUGAUGAACUCAUCUGAGUAUUGUCUAUACAGAAAGGAGUAAUGUAAGGGCAUCUCUUUCAGUAAUUAGUCCUAUAGACACCUUUGACCAAAUUCUGCCUUUAAUCAGGAAAUAGGGGUUGGAAGAAUGUAACUAAGGGCAGAAUUUGGCCAUCGGGACAGAAAAUGAGGCUGCAAUAUUAAUGGGAAAAGAAUUUGACCCACAGUGUAUGGGUCAUUUUGUUUGUCUCAUUGGGAGAGAGAAUUUUCACUAAUAAGCACAUUCUUCUAAUCUGGUUCCUCACAUAAACAAGUCUUUCCUUCUGCAGUCUAGAUGUGGAUCUGAAGUCUGCCAUUUUUAGAAGAUCCAGCACCAUAACUAUGGGUGGAUGAAUGAAAAAAACAUAAUGCAGCAAAACCUGUCUUAAGCAACUGCUGAAAGGACCAGCAAAUACUGGCAGUGUGGUCUGCAAGGGAGGAGAGAAUUGGAAAUUUGGGAGUACUGAGUUAUGCUCUUGGCUCUUCCACUUACUUGCUAUGUAGCCUUAAGCAAGUCACUUAAUGUCUCCAUUACAAAAUUCCCAUCUGCAAAAUAGGUAUAAUACCUUGCUCAAAUAGAUGUUGGGCAGGUAAAUUAGCCAAAGCUUGUACAGUGCUUUGAAUAGCCACAGUACUAUAUAAGUGCUAAGUAUUGUUGUAUCAUUUUUUUUACAGAAAUUGGUGGUCUUUGGCUAAAAUUUGAACAAAAUCAUACUGGAAACUUUCAAGAUCCGUUCAAGUGGUCACUUAAACCAAUGGUUUGGCUGUUGGAGGUGGUCCUCUGUGCAGGCUGCACAACAGGGACCGACCAGCAAGGAAAGGUGAUCCCCUUACUGGCGGCAUUAGAUUCUUACACUAUAUAUAUGUAUAUAUACAGUGUGUAUAUAUGAAGUAUAUACACUUCAGAUAUGAAGAAAUAUUCAGAUCUUUCCAAGGCCCUUUGCUUUCAGCUUCCUUGGACGGUAACUAAGUCAGUAGAAAAACAACGCUACUUUGUAAAUAAGUAUAACCACAACUGAUCUAUUGUAGGUUCUGUUUUCAUCCACACUUCUGAGCACCUUAAUAACUAAUCAGCUAACUAGAAUUUGUAUAUUGAAUAAAUGUUAUAUACGUAUAUUUAAUCAGCCAGAUCAAAUUUUAAAAAAUGGAAAACAUGUAAAUAGUAAGUGGUUUAAAAAAUAUAUGUAUUAUUCUUGUCAUCCUGCCAUUUUGUUUUCCAGCAUGACGGCAUUACUUUUAUUUGUGAAAAGAUAAACUACUGAAGGUUCAUAUGUCACUACUGUCAUAGGAUUGGAUGAAAGACUAAUUAAUGCAGAAUUUAAUAUUACUAACCAACAUUUCUAGUAUUGGUGGAAUCAGGAUUUAGGGACAGGUUCAGCUUUAUGACAACUUGUGCUAGGUGUUCAAGAGCUGAAUAACUUGCUUGUUCUUACUGUUAAAAAUUUAUUGUACUUAAGCUGCUUUAAAUAUUGUUACUCCAGUUGCUUAGUAGCCCAGUUCAGGCUGCCAGCUGAACAGAUUGUGGGGCAGGGGAAACCUAGUUCGGAGGUAAAAGGAACCUGGAAUGCAAAGAAAGUGACCACCCAAACGUCCAGCAGCGAGAAGGGUAUGUCCUGGUUCUUGGAGUUGAACGUUUGGGUGCCCUACUUUUAAAUGUCAGCACAUUGUCCUGGAAGGAGAAAUAAGGGAGGGACAGGAAGAGAUCACUUAAAGUGUGUAAAAAAUUAUUUAUAUACCUCAACGGAAGCUCAGCGCAUUUACUCAUGAUGAGCCAAAUUCAGACUGAGACAGUGGAUGUGUCUCCAGUCGAGCUGCUCCUGUUUAUGCCAGGUGAAUUUGGCCCGGUGAGCGUAUGACUUGUCACCCUUGUGCAGUUUAUUAGUAUACCCUUCAGCAAGCCAUGCGGUCCUGAAACAUUAUUCAUAGCACCACAACAUUUGUGGUAUCCAUAUCCUACCUCCUUAGCCGCCAGGAAAGAGUAUAUAAUAUGUGUGAAUAUAAAUCCUGCCUGGGUUCAGUCCUGCAAUGGGCUGAGUGCCCUCAGCUGCCACUGAAGUCAGGAGUUGAGCGUGCCCGGUAUCUAGCAGGAGAUGCACAAACCUUGCAGCUGGAGGCCCAAAUGAGAGGAAAACUUUUGGGACACAACAAAGCGAGUAAGAUUGUAGGAUCAAACAAGUAGUGUGGGAAGCGACUCAACACUGUAUAUUGAUAGAAUAAGCAAAUAUUUACUUCUGUUCUGCUAAACCUCCAUAUUUACUGACCUGAGAAGUUAAUAUUGAUCAAACAAUGUCAGUAUUUUCCCCGAGGGACAAUAAAUCUUCAAGUUCACUGAAACAAGAAGCCAUUUUAUAUUUGUUGCUACAUACAGUCUGAAUGUCUUCAUCAGAAAUAUCUGGGACUCUUUUCACUGUGGUGAUGAAUGUCAAAAGUUUAUCAGUUUUUCCUUUGGAACUAGCAUUGUAAUGGGGAGGUGAAGUUUGAGGGUCAGAAAUAGAAGCCUCAAAGAAGUAAAUAAUAGAUUUUCAUGGAACUCAUUGCAGCUACUCAGGAUUUUCCAUUUUGAUUUGUGAUCUGACCAGUUAACAUUGUUCCAAAUGUCAGUAUUAUCGACCUGUAAGGAGGUAAACAAUGGAAAUGUCUCUAACUUGUCACAUAAUUGUUUCAGCCAAUGACACACCAGGUUUUUUCUCAUGUAUGUAACUAUAAUAAAAUUUAAGGUCUGAUU